AUGCACGGGAUUUUCUUAAUAUUCUGUUGUGCGUUGAGAUUAGGAGAUAGUAAUGGAGAGCAGCAGUAUCGUUGCGUAUGGUACGGAGACUGCGGUCCCUCGGUCGAAAAGCCAACUUUGAAUUACACGUGCGUGUCCAAUGAUCCUCCUCGACGGAUCAACAAUCGAACAAUCGCGUUGCUUCUUCGUGAUAUAUGCCCGCAAUACUUUAUCGACACUGAGUCGCCAAAGUUAUGUUGCGACAGUAACAAUAUUAAAACGCUGCUCGGUCAGACGAACAUGAUCGAUGGAAUCUUUGGCAGAUGUCCAACGUGUAUAAAAAAUGCAUACAAAUUAAUAUGCGAUUUAAGUUGCAGUCCUGAACAGAGUAGAUUUCUACAACUAAAAGACGUUGGUAUAAAUUCGGAGGGCAAAGAGUACGUGAAAGCAGUCGAGGUUCAUAUCGCGGAAGAAUACAUGAAUACUACUUUCGAUUCGUGUAAAAAUAUCGUUCACCCAGCAAGUGGAAAUUUGGCUAUGGAUUUGGCCUGCGGAAUUCACGGAGCCAGUUGGUGCACAGCAACAAAAUGGUACGAGUAUCAAGGUGAUGUGACUGCGAAUGAUUUUAUAACUUUCAACAUGCGUUUCAUCAGUAAUAGCAGUGGGUGGAACGAACCGGUAAAAAUAUGUAACGAAACAUACGACGAAUUGUCGGCAUGUAGCUGCGUCGAUUGUCCCGCAGCUUGCCCAUUCACGAAAAUCGAACAAUAUAAUGACUACUUUACCAUUUUCGGGUACAACGGCUAUGGUGUUUUAGCAGGAAUUGUAAUUACUGUUGUUAUUUUAUUCGCUGCAGUGGUAAUUUUCAAGAUAAGGCCCACUAAAUCGAAUGUAAAUUGGCGGAGGAGUUUGCACGAGAUGUCCCGGUCGUUUUUCACUGUUUGGGGAAAAGCAUUCGCAGAAUACCCAAUUAUAACGCUUUUUACAAUCUCGUAUAUAAUAUUGGCACUGAGUUACGGAAUUACUCGGCUCUCGAUAACGAGCGAUCCGAUCGAAAUUUGGGCAGCACCCACUAGCAGAGCUAGAAUCGAGAAAAAUUAUUUCGAUUCGCAUUUUCAACCUUUCUACAGGACGGAACAAGUUUACAUAAAAUCGGUGGGAGUCGAUAAGGUGUUGCACAAUACAUCGAACGGCGUUCUUGAAUUUGGUCCCGUAUUUAACAAAAUAUUUUUACUCGCCGUAUACGAGCUUCAAAACAAAAUUCUCCGGAUUGGAGAAGAGGUUGGAGAAGGAUUGGAACGCAUUUGUUACGCUCCUGUACAGAAUGAGUUUACAGGACCCACUACUUUGGAUCUUUGCACCGUGCAAAGCGUAUGGGGAUAUUUUCAAAACGAUCUUGAACGUUUCAAUGCAACGGAUACAUCAGAUUCGUACGAAAGAAAUUAUUUGGAUCAUUUGUACGAGUGCGCGCAAAAUUCAUACAGUCCUGCCUGUAUGGCACCGUACAAAGGGCCAGUCGUGCCAGCAAUAGCCUACGGUGGCUUUCUUCGGGACAAUGAGUUCAACUAUAAUUCGAGAGAUUAUAUAAAGGCAACGGGAUUGGUUUUAACUUUUCUGGUGAAAAACUCGUUGGAAGAAUCUGUGGUCGAGUCUGUACACAAGUGGGAACAGCGAUUCAUUCAUUUUAUGAAAGAAUGGGACAGCAACGAACGUCCGGAAUUUAUGGAUGUCGCGUACAAUACAGAGAAAUCGAUUCAAGAUGAAUUGGAUCGAUCGUCGAAAGCCGAAGUGUCGACAAUGGUUUUCAGUUAUGCAUUAAUGUUUGUUUACGUUGCCUUUGCUCUGGGUAAAAUGGACUGUAGUUUCAAAGGGUACUUUGCAAAGAGCAAAAUGAUGCUCAGUAUCGGUGGAAUUAUCAUAGUGAUGGCAUCCGUAGCUUGUUCGCUUGGUAUAUUUGGCUAUAUCGGACUACCCACGAGCUUACUUACGAUCGAGGUAAUUCCAUUCUUGGUAUUAGCCGUGGGAGUGGAUAACAUUUUCAUAUUGGUCCAAACUCAUCAAAGAAAUCCAAAAAAAUCGGAAGAAACGAUAUCGGACCAUGUAGGAAGAGUGAUGGCGAAAGUUGGUCCGUCGAUAUUGCUCACCAGUACAUCCGAGUGUCUUUGUUUCUUAAUCGGAGCAUUAUCCACGAUGCCAGCUGUUCGUACUUUUGCGCUUUACGCGUGUGUGUCUAUCCUGGUAAACUUUUUCUUACAAAUAACAGCUUUCGUCGGUCUGUUGUCGCUGGACACUCGGAGAUCCGAGAAGAAUUUGUUGGAUGUGUUUUGUUGUGUGAAAACGAACAAAGAAAAUUUGGAAAUUGAUGAAAAUUCCAAUCUAGUACAAACGAUAUUUAAACGUUUUUAUACGCCGUUUAUUAUGAAGACAUCUAUCAGAACGAUCGUAAUAAUAGUAUUCUCUGUCGCCCUGGUUGUAAAUGCCACGGUGAUACCAAAUAUUGGUAUCGGUUUGGAACAAGAACUUUCGAUGCCUGUAGAUUCUUACGUGUUGAAAUAUUUCCAAUUUAUGAACGAUCUGUUGUCGAUGGGCCCACCCGUUUAUUUUGUUCUGACACCCGGACUCAAUUAUAGCGAGAAAAAUGUUCAGAACAUAAUUUGUGGCGGUCAAGGAUGUAAUUCCGAUUCUCUCUACACACAAAUCUACUCGGCGUCUAAACAACCUGCUGUAUCGUAUUUAUCAAAAGCAGCUUCCUCCUGGAUAGACGAUUACAUGGACUGGUCAACGAUUUCUGGCUGCUGCAUGUACUUUCCGAACAAUCAAUCAUUUUGUCCGCAUACUAACGUUGGCACGUGCAGUCCGUGCGACAUUCGAAAUAUUCACUCUCGACCAGACGUAAACAGUUUUCGAAAAUAUCUACCGUACUUUCUGGAAGACAUUCCGAAUCAAGAUUGCGCGAAAUCUGGUCGGCCAUCGUAUCUCGAUGGAAUUAAUUACCACGUGGACAAAUAUGGACUGGUCGAUGUUGGCGACAGUUACUUUAUGGGCUACCACGUCCCUUUAAAAAAGUCAUCCGAUUGGUACGAAUCGCUGAAAUCUGCAAGAACGAUAGCCGAAAACAUCACAAAUAUGAUAAACAACCAAAGUUUAACCGAUCAAAAUAUAACUGUAUUCCCAUACAGCAUAUCCUACGUCUACUACGAACAAUAUCUUACGAUCUGGAAAGAAACGAUAUCAUCGUUGGGCCUCUCUCUCGUUGUAAUAUUCGUUGUGACUGCGUUGCUAUCUGGAUUUUCAUUAUUUUCGGCCGUUACGGUCCUACUCACCGUAUUCAUGAUCGUUGUAAACAUAGGAGGUCUUAUGUAUUGGUGGAAUAUUCAACUGAACGCAGUCUCUCUCGUAAAUUUAGUAGUGGCCGUUGGCAUUUCCGUAGAAUUUUCCAGUCACAUUAUACAUUCGUAUUUACAUUCCGCGGCAGUAACAAAAAUUGAUCGAGCUAUCGAGACUCUUAACGAAAUGGGAAGUUCCGUUUUCUCGGGAAUUACUUUAACGAAAAUUAUAGGAAUCAUCGUAUUAGCAUUUUCGAAAAACCAAAUAUUUCAAAUAUUUUACUUUAGAAUGUACUUGGGCAUUGUGCUAUUUGGCGCCGCGCAUGGUCUUAUAUUUUUGCCCGUAUUACUCAGUCUCGUAGGCCCCGGAGAAUAUGUACGUAUAACUGAUCAACGCUGAAAAUAAUUAACCACCUUUAUUUAAAAUGCCCCUUCAAGUAUUCACAGUUAUAUGUAUGUGUGUAUGUGUGUAUGUGUGUAUGUGUGUAUAUGUAUAUGUAUACCAGCCUUUUCUUACUAUAGUCGUAAGCGUAAUGGUAUUAACUGAAUUUCAUUUCAAUACAUGUUUCGAUUUUUAUAAACAUUCCGAAAUGUGCAAAAAUUAAACUUUCUUAUUUAUUUAUGCCCGAACGGUAGAAAUUA